CGCGCCGCCGCGUGUCGCUGCUGAGCGCGCAGGUACAAGCCGUGGAAUUAGCGCCACUUAGUUUCGACGUCGAGGAGAAAGCUCUCGACUAAUGUUCUUUUUGCCGCUCGCCCACUCCACGAAGGAGAGCAGCAGCAAGUCUGUCAGUGGACGACAAUGAGCGUGGAAGUGUGACGUGCCGAUCAGCCGCGGACCUCAGCAUUAUUCACUUUUAUUUCUACACUUGUCGCCACCAUGGGGGAACAACCCAUCUACACCACCAGGGCCCAUGUCUUCCAGAUAGACCCUAGUACCAAGAAGAACUGGGUCCCUGCCAGCAAGCAGGCUGUUACUGUCUCCUACUUCUAUGACAGCACACGCAACAGCUAUCGCAUCAUCAGCGUGGAUGGAACCAAGGUGAUCAUCAACAGCACCAUCACGGCCAACAUGAUGUUCACCAAGACCUCCCAGAAGUUCGGCCAGUGGGCCGACAGCAGAGCCAACACGGUCUUUGGCCUGGGAUUCACUUCUGAGCAGCAGCUCUCCAAGUUUGCGGAGAAGUUCCAGGAAGUGAAAGAGGCGGCGAAGAUGGCGAGAGAGAAAUCUCAAGACAAGGUGGACAUCAGGAGCACACGGAUCGACCUCAAUAACGAUACUUUUGAUUUCAAGCAGGACUCUGGACCUUCAUCUCCAGGGUCCAAGCAGGCCUCCAGCUUCAAUGGCACUGAUGAUGAGAAGAUCUUCAAAGUGGGUCCAGAGAUGCUCCUGAUGAAGACUGAGCAUGAAAGUACAGCACAACAAAGCAAGUGGGAGGCGGAGCUCCAGAGUCUGCGGGAGAAGAACUCCAUGUUGGUGGAGGAGCUGCAGCACGCCUCCACCAACAUGGACGUCUGCAAGAAGCAAGUCGGCGCCUGCAAGGAGGAAAGUGACGCACUUCGACAGAAGGUGAGGACUUUGGCUCACCUCGCACCCUAGACCAUGGAACAUCAU